AUGCAGGUGGGAACAGUUUGUUCCUUUUACAUUUCUGUUCCUUUUCAAAAUAGGAACACUCAACACACUUUACAUGCGUUCCGCUUAAGGCUUUAAACAUAUGCAAAAAACCUUGUCAGAAAUUAAUUGCCCUUCGCGACAUACUAUACAUAAUUAUACAUACUUUUUCCGCUUCAAGUAACUCAUAACAUUAUCGUGCUUCUAUUAAGUUACAUUGUUUGACCGUAAAGCGCCAAACAAUGCGGAAAUUGUUGUUAUUGUGGUAUAGUGAAGGGAACAAAUUUAAGGGAUACGCUAGAUGAUGAUGAUGAUGACGGCGAAGACGACGAGGGCGACGAUGACUAUGAUGAUGAUGACGGCGAGGACAACGAUGGUUAUGAUGAUGAUGACGGCGAGGACAACGAUGGUUAUGAUGAUGAUGAUGACGGCGAGGACAACGAUGGUUAUGAUGAUGAUGACGAGGACGACGACGAAAUCUCAGCACGUCAGAUAAUGAGCAGAGCGACAGCGGCGGCAAGAAAACUGAAAAACAAACGAAGAAAAAAGUUCCAUCUUUCUCUGGAGCUCUUUCACUCCUUUGUAACCCAGAUUAUAGUUUGGUUGAUGCGUAUCCAACUCUCUGUCGCGUUUAUGCUAUAGCUGUGGCCAUCGCAGUUAGUUCGUCAACUGCAGAGCGUUCGUUUUCUGCACUCAAGAGGGUGAAGACUCGCAUUCGCUCAUCCAUGGUUCAGGAGAGACUUGAAUCUUUGCUUUCAAUGUCAAUCGAGCGUAAAAUUUUGCUCAAAUGCGAUAAAGAACAUCUCAUUAACUUGUACGCAGGGCUUUCUCCCGAACUGUCAAAAACUCUACUUUGACUUUCAUUUGGUUCAUUGGUUGUCUUUUAAAACUGUACAUGUGAUAUUAUGCUCAAUUUGCCUAAACUAUAGCUUAUAGUCUAUACGUUAUUGACAUUUGACCUGGAACAAAAUUAUGUUCUCUCAUUAUCGGCAUAUGAUAGUAAAAAUUGUCUUAUAGUAUAAUUAUAUCCGUCAGUGAUAAUAUGUUACAACAAAACCUGACUAACAUUGUUUUAGAUUGGUACUUGGUGGAAAACUGUUUCACAAAUGUGUUUUCAGAAUGCUGGAAAUGCCAUUUCACAGACUUAGAUUUUAAAAAAAUUUCUGGAAGAGCAUCCCCCCAGACCCUUCUAGGUCCCUCGUGCCUACGACACUCGAUGUGUACACUCGCACUAAUUUUCGGGAGGCUGGGCGGGGGGGGGGCGCAAUAAUCGAGAUAACUCUUAGGGGCGACAAAUUUAACACUGGCCCCCCUUGAAAUUUUCGAGCCACCACGCCACUGACUACAACAUUCUUGUUUUUCUUGAAGCACUGCUUAUCAAACACAACAAACCUUUUUUUAACACUGCACUUAAAGCUAGUAGCCUACAACUGUUCACACAACACUUCAACUUAAUUUUCUUCUACUUGUCGGGUCUUUCCUUUCUACCUUAAUCCUUUUAAUAUAUGAAACAUUGUUGUAAAUAUAGCUAAAUAAUCCAUUUUCAGUUUUUACUAAUUUCUUUAUCAUGUUUCGCUUCGCUUGGAUAAUCCUUCCUUCCGCCCACAUGACAGAUGCUCUUUCUCUGCGUUGUAUAUGUACUAUUUAAAACAGUAGAAGGAGUGUUUUAUCAUAUUUAAAACGCGAGGCGCAUGCAGCCGAGCGUUUUAGAUAUGAUAAAACACUCCUUCUCGUGUUUUGAAUAGCUUAAAAUACGACUACAAAAGAAUACUUAUUAGGAUGAACAAUUAUAUAAUCAUACUAAUUAGGAUGAACAAUUAUAUAAAGAAUACUAUAUGAGCUUUAUCAGAUAUAAAGUCACUCCACGUAACAUAUUAUGGCUGACAUGAUUUGCCACAAGGUUUACGAAUUUUUAAUGAGUGUUUUCAAUAUAUUUUAAAAAUUCAUUAAUAAUUCACGAGGAAAAUACAAAAGAAAUGAAUGUUUAAUCAAUAUUGGUAAAUCGGAUAAAGAUUUGUCCUGAUUUACAUAAACUUCAACUUUUAUUUUCUCGGCUUAGACAAUGUUUAUUUUUAAAAUUACUUCGCCAAUGUCAAUGAACUCAUAAGAUGGGUCAUUUUUUAAGUACGAUAAUUCGUCGAGAGUGUGUAUUUCAGAUACAGAUCGGCUCCUCAUGUUUUAUCUACUAUAUAUGUAUUGUAAAGUAUCGUAUUUCAUUCUGUCUGAAGAUGACUUUAAAAUAAAGUCGAAAAUUUGCAGUCUAAACCUGCGUCUUGUUUUGAAUCAUAUAUUUAAUUGUCAAGAUGUCUUGGAAUUUAUAUAACUUAGUUUAUGGCCUAUACUGUUCUAACAAAAUAAUGUAAACUGAAGCGCGAUAAUUACACUGGGAGAAUAUUAAGUGAGAAUACAAAUGUAUCUGUAUUACAUUAUACGCAAAUUCUGCGACAGUACUCGUUAUUGAUAUCAAGGACUGUAAUAUAUAUAUAAUAUAUUCCUGGCUGAACAUUCAUAUAUGCAUGAAAAAUGUCUGCAUGUUAAUUAUAAUGAAAAGUAGUAUGGUACAGAGCAGGUAUUAAUUGCGUCAAACGUUUAAAAGUGUAUAAAAUAUAUUUUUGUUUUUUUAGGAAUCUUGAAAAUGGGUUCUCCUUCAGAAAGCUCGGCAUCACGUGCGAUUAUUGCUUUGAUUGGCAUUGCAGCAAUCCUUGGUAAUGCACUUGUCCUCUGGCAUUUUACAGAAGACGAAAUAGAUUCGUGA